AUGCAAGAUGCAGUUAGCAGAGAUUAUAAACAGCGAAGAACAAAAGAUAACAGUGAGGAAAGUUAUGAAGGAGAUCUCAUCAACCAAUUACCAGAUGGAAUCCCUGUAACCAUUUUAUCUAAAUUGCCAAUAACAGAUGCUGCUAGGACCAGCAUUCUCUCAAGAAAAUGGAGAUAUCUAUGGACAUAUUUUUCUGGACCCUUGGAAUUUGAUGGUUCACCUAUCAUGAAAGACAUGAAAAAAGACAUUAAGAAGGCUGAAGAAAAAAGGCAUUUGCAGAUGGCAAUGGAGAUCAUGUAUGAUGCUGAAAGCCAAACAUAUACCAGAUGGAUCAAUAAAUUGUUGGGUUCACUUAAUGGUUCAGUUCUACAAGGAUUAAAAUUUUGGUUUCAUGUGGGUCCUGAGUGUGAUACUGAUAAGUGGGUCCACUUUGCCAUUCAAAAGAAGGUUCAAAAGCUUGAGCUGUAUUUUGGGAAUACAUUUGAAUAUGUUCUUCCGUUGCACUUGUUUAAACUGGAAAGUUUUAAUUCCUUGCAUGUUUUGCGUCUGAAAUGCAUUACUGUGACCGAGGAGAUGCUAGAUUAUCUACUGCGCUGUUGUCCAUCACUUGAAACGUUGAACUUGGUUGACUCAUUAGUUCCAGAAACUAUGAGGGUUUCGGGUCCAUCACUCAAGCUGAAAAGUCUAGAAUUGAUGAGAUGUUGGGAGCUGCUAAGACUUGAAUUUUUUGCUGAGAAUUUGGUGUCAUUCAAAUACUACGGACCCCAUUUGGAUACAGAAUUUAAGAGUGUUCCUAGUCUUCUGGAAGCAACAUUUGGAGGCUCCUAUGUGGAGUUCACUAGAGAAAGCUUUUUACCACAUUUGGAAGUACUUACAUUGGAUAUUACACAAAACAUACCUGAAGUGAUUUGCUCGCUAGGUCAACUUCCCAAGUUAAAAAAUAUCAAGCAUUUGGAGUUGGUUGCCUGUGGUGAUGAUGGAAUCACACUUGGUGCUUGUGCUUUGUUAUUAAGGGCAUCGCCUUCACUGUGGAAGUUCACAUUAAAGAUGCUACAUACCAAACCCCCUUUAAGAAUACAACAAAAAAUUACAAUGAAAUGUCAACACGAUCUCAAGGAGUUGGAAUUGGUUGGGUUUUGUGGAGCAUCAUGUGAGGUUGAAUUAGCUAUCUACUUACUUAAGAAUGCAGUUGAACUCCAGAAGAUAACCAUUGACACAAGAUUACCAACUAGACCGAAACUUAGACAGCCGGGGGAGCACUUCAAAGCUUGGGAUCGUGAGGAAAACAGAAACCGUGCUAAGGCACUGCAAGAAAAAGUGCCACCUUGGAUUGAAUUUGUUUGUAUUUGA